AGGUCAAAAAGGGUCUGAACGAGUAUCCAAUUAUCUCAGAAAUACAAAUCAUUCUCAUCCAGUCGUACUCACUGCAACUCCACCAUCGUGACUUCUCCCUUCGAUUUUUGAAGUUCCGAACCCGAACCCGAACCCGAGCUGGUAGCUGAGACUGUCGUCAUUGUGAAAUGGGUAAAUCAACAUCCUCUCUGCUUCUUAUAUGCAAUCGUUUGAUUAUUAGAGUAAGCCUUCCAUUUCGUGCUUUUACUUCUCAUUAUUGUUCUACUAUUAGCGAAAAUGCGAAAACCCCAUAUCAGAAACGGAAUCAGUUGUUGAAUUCUGUGAGAGAUCACUGCAAAUCUGGAACCUUUAAGAAUCUUGAUCAUGCCUUAGGUCUGUUUGAUACAAUGCUUCACAUGCACCCUUUGCCUUUCAUUGGAGAUUUUUCUCUAUUGUUGGGUGCCGUUGCAAGAAUGAAGCAUUACUCUGUAGUCAUUAAUCUAAUUCAACAAAUGGAAUCAUUCGGAAUCUCGCCCAAUGAUUAUACUCUCACUGUUUUGAUUAACUGCUACUGCCGUUUGAGACGGGUUGAUUUUGGGUUCUCUGUCUUAGCAACAAUUUUGAAACUUGGUUAUCAACCAAAUCAUAUAACUCUAACCACUCUUGUCAAUGGGCUGUGUCUUCAAGGUAACAUUGCUGGAGCUGUUAGGCUGGUAGAAGAAAUGGAGAAUAAAGGGUAUGAAUCUGAUGUGAUUACUUGUGGAACAAUAGUAAAUGGUCUGUGUAAGAUUGGCCAGACUGGUGUGGCUAUUAGGUUGCUCAGGAAGAUUGAAAAAAGGAAUUUUGCACAAAAUGUGGUGCUCUAUAACACGGUCAUUGACAGUUUAUGUAAGGAUAAAUUGGUAACUGAGGCUUUGAACCUUUUUUCUGAAAUGAUGAGUAAAGGCAUUCAGCCAGAUGUUGUCACUUACAGUUGCGUAAUUCAAGGACUAUGCAAUUUUGGCCGGUGGAGGGAGGCGUCUACUUUGUUGAAUGAGAUGGUGCAAAGGAAGGUCAUGCUAAAUGUACAAACAUUUAACAUAUUGGUGGACACACUUUGCAAAGAAGGGAAGUUGACUGAGGUAAAAGAAGUUUUUGAUGUGAUGAUUCAAAGAGGCAUUGAGCCUAACAAAGUCACUUACAAUUCUUUGAUUGAUGGUUAUUGUUUGCAAAACCAAAUGGAUGAGGCAGUUAAGGCAUUUAAUAUGAUGGUUGAGAAGGGUUGUUCACCCAAUGUGAUUAGCUAUAGCAUAUUGAUCAAUGGAUAUUGCAAAAGUAAAAAAAUUGAUGAGGCAAUGCGUAUCUUUCAUGAAAUGUCCAACAAGGGAGUGAUUCCUAAUGUUGUGACUUACAACACUCUUAUCGAUGGGUUUUUCAAAGUGAAGAGACCCCAGGCUGCACUGGAGCUAUUCCAUAAGAUACAAGCUUGUGGCCAACAUCCAGAUUCCCAAACCUAUAACAUCUUGUUAGAUGGAUUUUUUAAGAAUAGACGAAUUGUUGAGGCAAUGGCAUUGUUUCAAGAGAUGGAAGAAGAAAAGUUGGACCACAAUAUUGUGUUUUACAACACCUUGAUUGAUGGUUUUUGCAAUGUUGGGGAACUUACAAUUGCAAGAGAAAUCUUUCGCGGUCUUUUUGCAAAAGGAUUGCAACCUAAUGUUCGGACUUACAAUAUAAUGAUCAAUGGAUUUUGCAAGAAUGAACUAAUUGAUGAAGCGGUUGAGCUGCUUGAGGAAAUGGAUAGCAACGGUUGUUCACCUGACCAUCACACAUACAACAUAUUAAUCCAAGGGUUAUUGCAACAUGGUGACACAACAAAGGCAAUGAAAUAUCUCAAAAUGAUGGUUGCCAAGGGAUUUUCAGCAAACGCAACAACUGCUGCCAUGUUUAUUGACUUGCUGUUGUCUAAUCAAGUAGAUGAAAAUAUUCGAGAGCUGCUUCCAAAGUCUGGGUGAAGGUUAUUUAGUUUCUCAAGAUCAAAGACAACUUUUAUAUUUUAACCUAUCACUAGUCAUUAUGUGAGUGGUAUAUUUACUUUGAGUAAAAUUCUAUACUUCUUACAAGAUGGUAUUUCUUUUCAUUUAUGUGCCCAAGAUUGUUUAUUCCUUUUAUUGUUCGAUCUUUUGUUGCAAUUUUCUUGUGCACGCCUGUUGUUGCUAAACCUUUUGACUAGCCAUUGGGUGUAUUAUACUGCCCUCUUAGGUGGAUACUCAAGUGUCCUAGUUUGAGACUAGAUUCAUAGAUCUUAUUUCAUGUACUAGUUAGCUAAAGGUUGAAGACACGAGUCAUUAUGUCAUGCCAAGAGCCUUGUGGCUCAAUGCUGUUACUGUUUUUCUCAAGAGGAGAACCUGGGUUCAAACAUCACCUCCCCCACUUGAAAGUUACAAAAAAAGGCCACUAUGCCAGUUCCCAUAUCAUUACUUAUCAACAAGAGUAACUUUGUCAAAUGAGCUAUUUAUAAUAGAUGUGGGGUGGUGCAAAUCUGGUUAUUUAGUCUAGAUUUUGAUUUAUCAUAAGUUUCUAAAUUCAUUUUAAUGGAAUAAAAUUAACAUUAUUAUGCUAUCUAAUUCUCUGGUUGCAAUUCUUUAGGCUAUCU